AUGCCUCGAAUCGUUCUCAACGAGUCAUUCGAGAAACCGAAACGUUAUGGAGGCAUUAUCACUGCACUUGCAUUUCUAACUUUGGGUGUGAGCUCAUUAUUGCCAUGGAACGCCCUGAUCAUCGCCCUACCGUUCUUCCUGCAGAAGCUCGAGGGUACGAGCCUUCAUGAUACAUUCGCCUCUUGGAUAAGUUUUCUAUUCAAUGGAGUUGGUCUGUUAUCAAUCGCCUUGAUGACUUGGCUAGGUGACCAGUUUAUCGGACCAUUAACCUGCACACUGUCGAUGGUCACCAUAAUAAUCGUAUUCGGAUUCCUUGCGGUCGUCCCCUUUUUAGAUGUUCCGGUCGUCUCAUUUUUCGGUGCAGUCAUCGUCGCAAGCGGUCUGCUCGCCGUGGCCGGCGGGUUCCUUCAGACAGCAACGAUGACGCUUGCUCCAGUGUAUGGCCCUUCAGCUAUCACAUAUUACAUGUCUGGUUGCGCUCUUUCGGCCGUCGGCGUUUCUGCCUUACAGGUGUUUACUGCUUACACCUCGAAUAAUAUCGAGCUACCAAAUAUGGACUCUCCCUCGUGGAGUGCAACGGUCUGCUACGCGACCUCGGUGCUACUUGUGACCAUCUCAUUGAUUUCAUUCCAUAUCUUGGCUACCAAUACCCCCGAACUUAAAUUAUCCAGCUCCAAAGAUUAUUCCGGCCUACCUGUCUCCGAAAAUACUAGAUUAAUAGAAUGCCCUGUUGACCCAACAGCCAUUUCUCGGAAAACCAGGGCAACUGAAACAUUCACCAGAUCGGGCUUUGGGCGUAAUUUCGCUGUAUUUUUUGCUGGGAUCAUCACCUUGGGCGUGUUCCCAGCCAUAACUACUCGGAUAGAGCCAUAUAACACUCGGACCAAUCCUCUUGUGUUUAACGCACUCCACUUCCUUGUGCGAUACGACCCUCGUAGCAUACUCCUCAUGCGGGUCGUAUUUAUUCCUACCUUCAUGAUGUGCAACGUAGCCGGUCACUGGCCAGUUUUCAUUACGUCAGAUAUAGCUUAUAUGCUCAUUCUGUUCGUGUUUGGUGUAACUUGUGGGCACCUCACCACACUCGCGCUUCUCUCCGCAUCCGAGGGCCACGAUCCUGAAAGAGGUGGAAAGGAGACACGAAUAACGCAAUUCUGGAUGAUGUCAGGGUUCGUAGUAGGCGGUAUCGCGAGCUUUGGUAUUAGUGCAGCUUUAUAG